AUGGUUCUAGCCCAUAUUAUUCUUAUCGUAAGAGUUCAGCUAUGGAACCUCACACAUUUGUUAGUGACACCAGGAAAGAGCGGUGAUCUUGCUUAUCUUUCAUGUGAGAAAAGAAAGUUCUUUGAAACAAUUGGAAUGGAAUUUGGAGUUCCAGGGUUUGGAAAGACUGGAAUCACUGCUAGUUAUAUGGAAACGAAGGUAACGACACUGUUUCUUUUUAAGCUGAUUCUGGCGGUUGUUCAUCUUGGAGUAUUGUUACGUUGGUUCUCACCUGAUAUGCCAACAAAGGGAGUGGAUGCAAGUAUCAGGUCCGAAGUUUGGCCUUCCCUACUUGGAUUUUAUGAGCUCAACACUUGCAAAGAAGAAAGAGAUAAACUAAGAACUCAGGGGAGAAAGAAGUACGAAAAAUUGCACAAGCAAUGCAGGAAGCUUGUAGGUGAAAGCAGCAGCAAUGGGGAGAGUCAGAGUGAUAGUUUGACUCAAGGCAUGGAGUCUGCAAAAUCAGAAGAAGUUUUGCUAGCUUUAUCAGUUUUGCAGGCUGCACAAGAAACAGGUGCACUUAAAGAAGCAAAAGAUAAGCUUAAGAAACAAUUGGAGGAACUAGCAUGGCGUUUACAACUUGAUAAACGUUUAAGGGUAAUUUACUCAAUUAUGUUGAAAUAUUACGACUUUUGUUGGAAAAGUUUUAAUGUGAUAUGUCCUACGUGCAGACUGAUUUGGAAGAAGCAAAAGCACAAGAGGCAUUGA